AUGGCUAACUCUUUGGACGACGACAGCAAAUGUCUGCUGACGCCGUCUUCCGCCAAACUCUUUUUUCUUCAGGUAAUUUUAAAUAUUUUAAAUUAGUAUUUAAAACUUCAAAAUAGAUCAAAUUAUAAACUAAAUUAUUAUAAAUUAACCAUUAAUAAGUUUUUUUUAUAUAAAUAACAUUUGCAGCAAGAAAACAAUCAAGAUGAGCAGCUUGGCCGCUUUUACUUGGGCCAAGGGCUUAUGAACAGUGAACCCGUACUAGCCAACAACUACGCAGUUCAAGAAGUGCGCUCUAGUGAAAGUGGAGCCUACACCAACAUCAAUUAUCCUUACUUUUCGGAGACUGCUUUACAACAAGUAAGUUGAUGUACCUUUUACAGUUUCUUUGUUUAGUUACUGAGUAACGAAGAACAACCUGAAUAUGUGGAGCCUGAGUUUGAAUGUAGCUCAGCAUGUGUGGCCCAGAACACGACCGAUCGUAGUUCACGAUACUCGUUCUACCGCGGUCACACUCCACGAUCAUCGUGCUUUUUCUACUCCGAAAGUCAACCAUCUGUGGUCACUAAUACUGGGUCUGCCGUCGUUUAUACCGGAGGGCAUAAGCAAUCUUUCAGUACUAGAGAAGUACGUGAACAACAUAUGCAAAUGCAGAAAAAGUACCGACCACAACGCCGGCGACACUUUACUGAUCCGGUUGAUUUCGAAGGUGUGUACCAGUCUAACAUAAAAUAGUUUACAUUUUUAGUUAAUAUUUAGCAUAAAUUUCGUAUUUUGUAAUAUGGGGCACAUUUAGGUAUACUUAACAUAAUCGGUGGAUGUUCAUGGUGGCAAAUAUGGGUAUAUUUAUUAAUCAGUCUUCAACAAAUACCUCAUGCAAUGUUCAACUUAUCUGUGGUGUACAUGAUGUAUCAGCCUGAUCACUGGUGUCAAGUUCCCUCCUUCAACGAAAGCGAUCCCGGUUACUUAUGGUCUUUGAAUGAUGUCAUACACAACUACUCUAUCGUAUAUCCAAACACGGGUAACAAACAGCGAAAUACGAUUGAUUUUCAUGAUCAGGUAAUCUUUUAGUAACCUGACCUGGUACUUUUACAGCCUUUGUUUAUUAUGAUUUUCUUAAACUUGCAACUUUCAGUGUCAUUACUUUGACAGAGGCUUCGAACGUUACGAUCAGCUUCGUCGAAUGCCUCUUCACGACGCUCAGAAGGCGGUCAAGAACGAGAAGGCUAAUAUUGUGAGAUGUAAGCAGUGGAGUUAUUCUCAAGAUGUGAUGGAGGCUACGAUUGUGACAGAAUGGAAUCUGGUGUGUGAUGACAACUUCAAACGUGCCCAUUCCCACCUCUUCUACUCUCUCGGCUUUCUGUUUGGCUGUUUGUUGGGCGGAUUUGCGUCGGAUCGCUUUGGACGGAAGCCUACGGUGAUCGGCUUUGGUAUAUUAUCAUCUAUGUUUGGUCUCAUCCUACCGUAUUCAACUUACUUUCCCAUGUUUCUUUUUGUUCGUUUCUGUGGGGCUGUUUGCAACGAGGCCGCUGACUUGGCAGCUUAUGUUCUUUGUAUGGAAAUUACGGGUGAGUUACACAAACUUAUUUUUAUAGUAGAUUUAGGGUAUUUUAUAGUUUUUCGAAAACUAAAUUGACAUUUAGGUACAAAAUUCCGUGCAAUGGUCGGGAGUAUGCUCCAAGCUCCGUGGGCCGUUGGCUACGCUUUACUUGCACUUAUCGCAUAUUCGUGUAAAUCAUGGCAAACUAUUCAAGUGAGUGUUAAAGUAACCUUUCGUAUCUUUUGAGUUUAGUUAAUAACUGCAGCGUUGCAUACGAUCUCAAUUUGCUUGAUCUGUGCGCUACCUGAGAGUCCGCGGUGGUUGAUCGUGAACAAUCGAGUGGAAGAAGCGGAACGCUACAUCAGGAGAGCUUGUCGUGAUCCUCCAUUCCCCUUCAACUUAUGCAAAUUCAACAAGUCUUCUCUUCCGUGCGAUCUGGAGCUGGUAAAGCACGCCGAGCAACGCAAAUGGGUACGGCAAGAUCAGCGUGCCAACAUUGUACAUAUUCUCAAGUCGCGUAUCUUGUGUGUUCGUACGAUUAUAAUCAACUUUGUUUGGAUAUCUACGGCUUUGGUUUACUAUGGUUUAGUCAUUGGUAGGUUUUGCUAUCGAUUCAUACGCAAGGUGUAACAUAAUUUUUGUCGGUUUCAAAAAAUAUGGUGUUGUUUUAGCGCUUUCCGACCAGUCAGCUCCUGGAAGAGUUCUGUUCAGCGGCAACUUCUUUGUUAACAAUGCCAUUGCUGGUGCCAUCGAGCUUCCUACUUUGAUCUUUUGUGUCAUUUUAAUGAAAUACGGCCGGAAACGUUCCCAGAUGAUCACUUUAAUCGGCGCAGCUUUAUUCAUAUUCGCUGCCAUGGCCGCCAUCGGAAAGAAGAAUCAGAUGGUGGCCUUAGGGUUUUUGUUAAUUGGAAAGAUAUUUAUUCAAGGAGCUUUUAACAUCUUGUACAUCUUCACGUCCGAACUUUAUCCUACUGUAAUACGAAACAGCGCUGUUGGCUUUAAUUCUAUGGUGAGUAUAUUGUUUUAAGCACUUAAUUGUUUAAUAUAAUAGUAUGUUAAUAAUUUACAUUUGUUAUUGAGUUUACAAUCUAUAUUUUAACCACUGACUGUCUUUUUUAUUUUAGAUUGCACGGGUUGGGUCUGGUGUAGCCUCUUACAUAGCAAUUCUCUCUGAUGUUACACUGGCCAUCGUUCCAAUGAUGAUUUUCUCUACUUUUUCUUUGGUCGCUGGGUUUGUGGUGCUGUUUCUACCGGAAACACGAGAUCGACCACUACCUGAUACGCUGCAAGACGCUGUCACUUUCUUAGAAACCGACGGUAACUACCAUUGUUACACGUUCGGAGGUGGCAAGAUGAGCUUGUCGUUGGUGGGAAAGGAUUCCGCGGCUUCUGUAGGUGCUACACAGUCGGCGGCUUCAAAAGAAGGAGCCCUUACAGCAACUACAGCCGCUUCUUCGAUGAAACUCAAGGAGGAAGAGCCUAAUGUGACGGCGCCAGUGAUCGGGAAACGGUCGGAGACCUUUAACGAACUUCCGGCUAUCCCAGAAGUUCCUGACCACCACGAGGUCGAGGGACCAAGCCCCUCGACGUCGAUUAUCAAGCCGGAGGAGAAGUCUCGACCUCGUGUUGGAACCUCUCCAAACAAUAAACUGGUCGGUUGCUUGUUUGUUUACUGAUUGUACUUUUUCGUUUAGGGUCCCAGUACUACUGGUUUCAUCUUCAGCGACUUGGCCGCCGUCUCGAUUCCGGAAAAGCUGCCCGAGCCCUUCGACUAG